AUGGCACCGAAGAAGGCACGGUUUAAGCCACCCAUUCGGCCGAAUGCGGAUGGAACGGGCUUUGUACGGGUGUCGGCAGGUGACACGGGAAAAAAGUCGCCGAAGGAGCUAGGAGGCCAGAGACAUCCGGAUUCGAAUCUGCUUCAUUCAUCGUUGGAUUUCUACGCUUCACCGCGUAUGGGGCAGAGUGACACGUCAGCUGUCGAACUAUCCUUGCAGAUACGCUCUAAUAGUUCUUUGCCCUCCAACGAGGCGCGACUCUCCCCAUCAUCUUUUCGGGCUUUAGGAAUUGUAAGUGGAGCCGUGCUGCGUAUUGUUGAGGGUCAUUUUGAGGCCUACGCCGAGGCGUUUCUUUCAUCUGUGUGUCACUCACAAACCGUUGAACUCGCCGAUGAGGUCGCUGCAGCUUUUAUUGAUAAGCAGGUGAAUGUGUCUGUGGUGACAAACCCUUUUCCCUCGGUACCGCUUGCUAUUGUAGUUUUGGAGAUAAACUGUGAUUCACGUGAUGGAGUGCAGGCGGGGGAGACAGUGAAAAUUCCAUUUUUGCAGGUACGUGCUGCUUUUAGGCGCCAGUACAGGUGCCGACUGGUGUACAGAGGGAUGCGAGUUGUUGUGCGUGUUGCGACGCAGCCUUUUUACGUUGAGGUGGUUAAAUGUGUACAGCGUGAUGCAGCUGUGAUGGAUAAAGAAAAAUUAAACGAGGUUCAGGUUAGGCUAGGUCUCUUGGGCGAUUGCACGAUAAUACGCGACGGUGGUCGUGAAAUUCCCAUUGAGAAUGAGUACUCUGAAAACUCUCAGGGUUCUUUAAAAGAUAAAGAGGCGUUGCAACAUGUGCUUGUGGUAGGUGAAUCAGGCACUGGUAAGAGUCGUUUUCUUCAUCAAGAGGGUAGGGAGGCCACCACGGUGCAUUGGCGCCAUGUCGAGACGAUUUUGGUUCAGGAGCUCCCGCAAGGAGAGAUGAGUGAUUUGUCCACAUCUACGGUCUUGCGUGAGGCUUUUGCGCGUGCUAAGGUCGCUGCACCCUCAACAGUAUUAAUUGAUGAUCUUCACCUUAUAUGUGGGACCAGCAGCAGCUCAACAGCCGGGUCUUUGUGGGCGGCAACGCUUGUAGCGGGGGCCUUGAAGGAGGAGCUUGAUGACAUUUGGGCGCGUCAGCUUGACGUUCGUGUCAUUGCCUCCGCCGCAUCAGCGGAGUCUGUGGAUCGCUCUUUACUGACAACUGAGCGGUUUGGUAAACGUGUGACGCUGCUUACGCCUGGGUCAUCUGAGGAGCGUUGUGCGUGCCUAAGAACAUGCUUAGAGGAGCGUGACGGACUGCAUAAUAUCUCAGAGGAGGCCUUGGUAACGGUCGCACAGGAAGCGCAUGGUUUCACGCAGUGUGACCUCGCCCGUCUGGCGGAGGUGGCGAUGGUGGAGAGUUUCAAAAUGACAGGGAACGUAAUUCCCUCUGAUGACGCUCUCUUGGCGGCGGCAAAGUUGGUACGACCCUCCGCUCUAAAGCAGUUUGAGGUGUCGGUGCCGAAUGUUACCUGGAAUGACAUUGGUGGGAGUGAGGAGGCGAAAAAGAUUUUGCAGGAUUGUGUUGCAUGGUGUCUUGGAAAGCGGCAGUGGAUAUUUCGAAAGUUCAAACUGACACCGCCAAGAGGUGUCCUUCUUUACGGUCCCCCGGGGUGUAGCAAGACGAUGCUGGCCAAGGCCCUUGCCAAUGAAUCCAAAAUGAAUUUUAUCUCCGUCAAGGGACCUGAGGUGUUUUCAAAGUGGGUUGGAGAUAGUGAAAAGGCGGUACGAGAUAUUUUUACACGUGCACGUGUGGUGGCUCCAUGUGUGGUUUUUAUUGAUGAACUUGACGGCAUGUGUGGGCACCGAGGACGUGGUGGAGUCUCAGAUCGCGUCAUUUCACAAUUUUUGACCGAAUUGGACGGACUCCCUGCCGCACUGGACGACAAUUCGGACGCGCUUGUUUUCGUGGCGGCAACGAAUCGUCCUGACAAUAUCGACACGGCUGUGCUACGGCCUGGACGUAUUGAUCGCAAGGUCUACGUGGGGUUGCCGGAUGUCUCUGAACGUCGGGCAAUUGUUGGUAUCCAUUUCUCCCGCAUUCCUGUUGCACCGGAUCUUGAUGCAGACUAUGUGGCCAAGAGAACGGAGGGGUAUAGUGGCGCUGAGGUUGUUGCGGUGGUGAAGGAGGCCGCCUUUCUUCGAGUGACGCUGGAUGUGAAAGCUGCACACGUCACCCGUGAUGAUGUUGAUGCCGCCCUGCAGAAAGUGAGGCCACGUAUUAGUCCAAGCGAUGUGGCGUGGUAUAGGCAAUGGUCGUUGGGUGGGCUGAUGAAUGCUCGAUAG